AUGUCGGUAGUGAUGGUAGAACCAGCCAAUGAGAAUACGAGAAUUGAUUCGAAGGAGCAGUUACUUCGAGAAAAUACAGCAAGCAAACGCACCGUUACUCCGAAGGAUGACUACUCUUCUGUGGAGAAAGUGGAAAAAGAUGACAUGGAAAAGGGAGGCGGUCGCGAUUGUCAUAAGCUCUCCCUUGAUUCUACCGACUGCAGCGACGGACGUAUCAACAGGGCCUACACAUCUCCAGACAUAGAAUUGCAGAGCUAUACACACGGCAAUCGAGGAACUUCGCCGUUUCUGCACCUGCAUCAUAUCAGUUCCAACACUAGCAACACUUCGAAUAACUCUGCUAACAAAACUAGCAGUAUAGUCAGUACGGCCGCUGUCUCUUCGCCUUCCAAACCGCUAGUGGUCUCAGUAAAACCGACACACAGUGGCAGUCAUUUGAAACCAGUGCCUCCACCUCCGGGAGCCAGGAGUUCAGGCCAUGUUUCUAAACCACCACUCUGUCCCCAAUCGGUUCCUUACCAAUUUUCGCAGUACCUUACAUCGCGAAAACCUUUUCGGCAACAACAACCGGAUCAGUUCUACCCUUUCCAAUAUUAUUUUUCGCACAACUUUAUAACUGGACGUACCAAUACAGGCCCUUUAUUAAGUACCCCUGUCCCAGCUGCUUACACACCCUUAAAACCUUUCAUUUCAACUUGUAGCAUUACGGCUAUCGCUCAUGAUUUACCGAGUGCCACUGCCGCUAAGGUCGGCAACGUCGACUCUACGUCAUCAUCAUCAUCAUCCUCAACAACAAGAUCUGCAACAACAAACACAAACAACUCAGGCGUUAACACUUCCUCGACCAGCAGCGGCAACAGUCCUCUUGGCGACAGCGGCAUAUCGCUUUCACUCAGCACUACGGUUAACAGCUCAAGUGGCAUCACUACAGGCCGUCCUUUCGGUAUUACGAGUAGCACCAGUGUUAGUCCCACGUGCAGGUCGCCACUGUCAGCAGCUGCCUCUUCCAGCGGUGGCACAGGCCCGGCGGCCUCUAUCGCCGGUCUUGUUAGUACCACCACGCUGGCGACCCGCACAUUUAGUGGUGCGCCUGCUGCCAACACAGCGAACAACAAACAACAGCAGCAGCAGUUUAGCACCAGCUACACAACACCCACCUCAUCAACUUCUUCAUCCUCUUCAUCCUCCACCUCCACCCCUCAACCUGCUUCGACUUCCUCCUCCGCCUCCUCACCGCCAGCACUAUCUCCAUCCGUAGUAGAUAAAAAUACCCAGCUUCCGCACUUAAGCAUGUUGAAGAACAUUCCCCACACUAGACUUCAUCCAGAUAGGUCGCCUCAGGCGGAGGAUGAAUGCCCAAGCCAAAACGAAGGGGGAGGACAGAGGGAAGAGUGUAAACCCAAGGCGAAGGAUUUUCUAUCGGAUAUCGGCGCCGAUUACAUGCGAGUCAAUGGGGCGAUCGGCACUUUUAAACAACUACAAAAACCAACCUCAAUGCAAUCUCUCCCGACCUCAUCGAAAAUGAGCUACACCUCCGAGGAUGUCGGCGUAGCUUUGGUCGGAGGUAGCGAUUACCCCAGGUACGUUGAUGACAAACCUCAUAAACAACGUCAAAAGCCCAACGUCGGAUACAGGCUGGGCAAAAGAAAAGCCCUUUAUACAGUCGCCUCAACUUACGCCGCAAAGUUUUGUACAAACAUACACAUGAAGAAAAUAACACACAUGCUUAGUGUUAAAAGUUUAAACUUUAAAUUGUCAUUUCAAAAACGCACCUUUUUUCAUUAUUCUUUCUACCUUUUCUCUCUCUCUCUCUCUCUCUCUCUCUCUCUCUCUCUCUCUCUCUCUCUAGCGCGCGCACACGCGCGCUUGAACCCUACUGCCUCUUACGCUCGAACUUUAGAAUCCAGAUUUCCGUUCAAUAAGUUAUUUAGACCCAGAAGAAUUAUCUUCUACCCUCCACUCCCCCUCUCUCUCUCUCUGUCUCUCUCUCUCUGUCUCUCUCUGUCUCUCUCUGUCUGUCUGUCUCUCUCUCUCUCUGUCUCUCUCUGUGUCUGUCUGUCUCUCUCUCUCUCUCUCUCUCUUUCAUGCGGAAUAUAG